UGAGCGCAUUUCCUCUCCGUCCCCCGUGCCCUCAGUACAAAACCAUCUGGGAAGCUAAUGGGGGAGCCGGGAGGGAGCUCAGACAGCAAACUGCAGCCCGCCGGAGGAUGGCUCGGCUCCUAGGGCUGGCGGGGGUGGUUUGAAGGAGGAGAGAAGGGAAAAAAAAAAAACAACAACCAAAGAGAAAAGGAAACCCGCUCCGGGCGGACUCGCCUGCACCUCGCCGAGCGGAGCCGCCGGGGAGCGGCCGCCGCCGCCCCGACACCCGCCGGUCUCGGACCUCCCGCCGGGAGCGGCGGCCCCGGCCGAACCCCGCACCGACUUCCUGGCUGUGCUUCAGCGGUGGGUGACUGAAUAUAGUCGUCUCUGCAUCGUGGUGAUAGUAAUAAUGUGAAAUUUAAUGAGCACCUGCAAAGUCGUGUAUCAGGGAAGGAACUGCCAUGCCUGUGGGAAUUUUCCGGGUGUGCCUAGUGGUGCUUGCAGCCAUUGUCAACCACCCGCUCAUUUUCCCUAGAGAGAAUGGCACUGUCCCCGAGAACACGGAAGAAAUCAUCCAGAAGAUGAAGGAGCGGGAGGAGACCCUUCGGCUGGAGCAGUUGCGCUUGGAGCAGGAAAUUGCAGAGCAGGAAGCCAUACAGAAGGCUCUGGAAAAGUCUGCAGAGGUAGUGAAGGAAAGCAAAGAGGAAAAGGUCCGAUGGGAUAUGUGGACUGCCCUUUCCAUGGUCAUCUUCCUGCUGAUUGAGCUCUGGAGGCAGGACUUCCAGGAAGGGAUUUGGCAGGACACAGGAGGAGAAGAGGAUGACAUGGCUGUCCUGGGGAGAGCAUUUAAAGGUGUGGCCUUCCCUGACAAGGCCGCCUUGGCCAGCUUCUACGAGAAGCGCAUCCUGGGUACCACCGGAGACAUGGCCAGGAUGCGGGAGAUGGUGGAAGGCUUUGCAGAUGACCUGCUGGAAGCCUUGAGGAGUGUUUGUAACCGGGAUGCUGACAUGGAAGUGGAGGACUGCAUGGGUGUGGGGAGCAUGUAUGAGAACUGGAGAGUGCGUAAACCUUUUGUCUGUGAUCUAAUAGUGCCUUUUGCCCCUCCAGAGCCAUACUGUUUUCGGUCCCAGACCUGGUGCUCUGGUGACUCUUUUCCCUCAGCUGAACAAGGUUAUGGCACUAUCAAGGUAUGCAGAGCAGGUGAGGAUGUGACAGGUUGCAUCUGUGACAAGACUAAACUAGGGGAAGAUAUGCUGUGCCUCCUUCAUAGCCAAGCCAAUACUACCAGGCCCAGCAGUGAGAUGGAAGACCUCCUGUGCUUCAAAAAUACUCAAUAUCUGGAUGCCAACCAAGUCAUGAAGUGGUUCCAGAUUGCAGUCACCAAGGCCUGGAACAGAAUCUCCCACAAGUAUGAAUUCGACCUCUCCUUCAGCCUCCUGGACUCCCCAGGAGCCCUGAAGAUAAAAUUUAGGUCAGGGAAAUCGAUUGCCUUCAACCUCACCCCUGUGGUGCAGUACGAGAACUCCGAUGUUUACUUCAUCUCUCAUUUCCCUCGGAGCAGCCUGGCAGCAGACCUCCCCUCCAGCACUCACUGGUUUCUCACCUUUGCAGUGUAUGAGAGGAGGUUCAUCCAGCUGGUCUCCAAAACACUGCCUGCCAAUGCCUGCCAUGUCAGCUGCCUUCAGAUCCUCUCCUUCCUCCAUGGGAAGCAGUGCAGCCUCACAGGUCCAAGCGGGCUCACCAACUACCACCUGAAGACAGUGAUGCUGCAUCUCCUGCAGGCACGUCCCAGUCAGGACUGGGCCCCGGAGAAGUUGGAGGCCCGUCUACAGGACAUGCUGAAAUUCCUGGAGAAAUGUUUGCAUGAGAAGAAGCUCUACCACUUCUUCAUAGGCAAUGGGAAGGUACCAGCAGAGCUGGGCUUCCCCAUCAUAUUCCAGAGGGCUGAGCCUCUCAACCUUUUCCGUCCCUUUGUGUUACACAGGGACGUUUACAGGAAGACAGUAGACACGUUCCACGAGAUGCUCAGGAACAUGACUGCACUGAUAAAUGAGUACACAGUGCACAUUCCGCUUGCACAGACCAACGGGAUCCAUAAGGAAUCCUUUUAACCAAAGCCAGCAGGAAAACACUCGUUCCUCCAAGCACAAGUCCAGAGGGCAGCUUUCCGAAGCCUCCUCGAGACAACUGACUUUGCCAGUACAGCUUCUCGUCUGCAGCUGAACCCGUCCUGGGCCAUGGUUUCUGCAGUAGGGGAGAGGGGGUGGGGGGAGGACAGGGAGAAACUGGAAAAUGUGGUAUAAAAGUAAGUUUCUGCUCCACUGGUAUUCUGUGUUUUAUGCAGCUAAGAGAAUAUUUUUCUAUUGUGCCUCAGUCACGUUACAGUGGUGGUGAGCAAAAAAAAUAUGACUAAUUUAUUCAGAUGCCUGCAAUGCAAAUGGUGGUGGUGGCCAAAUACUUCAUUUCCUUUGAAAGGGGGAGAUAAGGGUGGAGGAAUCAGAGGCAGGAUCUUGGGAUCGCAGGAGCCUGUCUGCUUGCAGACAGCAGGAGCUCUGCGACCCACCGAUGGGAAGUGCAACAUAAGACUCGGUGCUGAUGUGGGGAUGAGGGUCAUGCACAAGAUCCCGACCGGAUGGAGAUCCUUAAAUCAACCACAGCUCUUUAAUUUAAAGGUAACUGUAGUUAUAAAAAACACAAAACCUUCUUGAUAGAACUCGCAGCACUAGUUUAAAUGGUUUGUCCUGUCCUUCAAAAACACCCCUGCACCUUUCUUCUCCCUGGGGAGGAUGGAGCAGAGCAGGCAGCAGGGUGUGUGUCUUCAGACUAUUUCAUUCGAGUCUUCUGUUUUUUCAUGGUAAUAUGGCUAGUGGGUUAUAUUCCUGGCCUUUUUCCAUGGAUAAAUGGACAGGAACCUUUUUGCCUUGGAUAAAGGAGAAAAACACCAUUAUUGGGUUCUGGCAUUUUGGUUUAUUUCUGUGUUUUCCUUAUCUCCAGGCAGCAAGGCUGAGAACAGCCAAGAGAGAAAGGACUGCUACGGGUUUUGCUUUCAUAAAAGAAGCAGUUCUCCAAAAUGAUGCUGUAAUGAAGCUAAUCCCAGCAGUCUGGUAGAAGGAGGGAACAAUCACCCUCCAAAUGAGAGUGUGACACUCCCAGCAUGGUUUUAAUGAGGCCAAGGCCAGCAGGAAAGCUCUGAGUUAGGACGAGGGGAUGAAAGAGGUGCACGUGUAGCAGAGCGUGGCAGCCCUGUCUCUGCAGCUGCCUUGUGGUCUGUGUCACAUUCCUUCUGCUCCCAGAUAUCCAGGCAAAAGCUACCCCUUUGCCUCCUCAAUUCUUUUAAAGAUUGCUGCUCUGAUGAGGCUCUGAGGAGCUGCUGCUAGCAGACCAUAAUUUGGUGAUUUGGGAGUGCAAUGCAGCUUUGAAGCCAGGGGAGAAUCUCGAGGCAUGUGCUAAAAAACCCAGCAGAGAUGUCUGAACUCCCUCAGGAUGCAGCAUUUGGUGCCGCGCCAGCAGGACGCCCAGCCCCGGCGAGGUGGCUUUGCUGGAGGAGAGGGCUCAGCAGCUCCUCACCUUCCUUGGUGUGCUUUGUGCAGGAUCCAAGCCAGGGCCUCGGUGCAGAUCUGCUUCCGCACUGGUCCCGGAGGCCGGGCCUCCAGUGCCAAGGGGCCUUUCCUACCAUUUUCUUACUCUAGGAUUUCCUGCCAUGUUUUACCCCAGGGCUUCUCUGAAUCCUGUUUACAAGAGGGUAGUUGUUCUGGGUGGUGAGAUCCACCAUCAGGGAUGAUAUUACCAUGACUCCACAGGUCCCUUUUUAUCAAUCCUCACUAUCACAUGCAUCAGAGAGAAGAUUUAAUGCUGUAUCGCUACUAGGGACAGCAUACAGCACGAGGCUUAUUAUCCAGCCUGUUCAUAAGAAAACUCCAUAGACAUGUCCUCUCCUCCUUUUUCCUGGUAAAAAUCAUUUCACCACCUCCUUCAUGUCUGCUGUUGUCAGGCCCUCCACCAGUGAGGGACGUUUCAUGCACAAAGGCAGAGAAAGCUGUAACUCCUGUUUCCACAUGUGGUUUAUAAGAAGGCACUGGUGGGGACAGGGAUCUCUUUGCUCAAAUUGCUGCUCCCCUUGGCUUUCAUCAUCGCAGCUGUGGGGUGGGUAAGUAAUAUUUCUCAGCAGAAAGUAAAGGGUAGGAAGCAAAACGGGAGAGAAGGGGCUGGUGGGUAAUACCAGUAGAAAAGUUGUGGAUCAUCAGUGCUUGCUUCAGCGCCCUUGGCGAUGAGCACCUGGGAGACUGCCAGGGCUGGCAGAGCAACAGGCCAGGACUAAUUGCUAACGCUAACGAGUUCUGUAAGCCCCUGGCUUUCUUUAACACAACCAAGCAAGCCUUCCCCAGUAGAAAGCGAGGGCAGGAGCGAUCUCAGGGGACAUGACAAGCAGGUAGUGACAAGCAGAGGUACAGGGAGGGUGGGUGAAUACUGGACCCUGGAGGCUACAUUGGAAGCUGUGUAAGUUGUUUGCAAACCCAACAAUUUGCUGGAUUUACCUGCCCGGCUUCACUGCACAGCGCCUGUAGCAGAUCCAGCUCUGCGUGGGCUGCAGGCAGGCAGGUCACGCUGAAGCAGUUGUGGUCAGUGUUGCUUCUAACUGUGUUCCCAGCCCAACCAGAAAGAAAUAAAAAAUUCUCUGCCAUUUCCUGUCAGGAGUCUAAAUUUAGAUUGUCCAAAGAACAGAAACAAAUUUGUGACCCAGGUCUCUCAGGAAAUGACAUUCAGGGUUGAAAAAUAACUUUUAUGUAAGGUUGAGCAGGGGGAGGAUGAGAAGAAAAGGCUGUUAAAGAGAAGAAGGUAACUCCCCUGUUAAAAUGCCAGAACAAAGCUUUGUAACGCCAGUCCUACGGGCUUGUAAACAUGCCUAAACUCGCCUUUACACAGCUCCAAGCACUGCUGCUCAGACUCAAAGGGAACCUAAAUCCAUAAGUGGACUGAAUCUUUUGUUCUUCAUUUUCUGUACUUGUGUGCCUGUUCUCUCUUAAGCCCGAACUGACCCUGAAGUGUUCCCAUGGGGUUUAGCUGACCCCAAGCUGGAGCUGAACCAAGGAAUUUAUGGAUUUGAUUCUCCUGAAAGCAAAUUGCUUGGCUUAAUUUUCCUACAUGUCAUAUGCUUAUUUUGCCCUGAGCAGCUUUUCAGAGGUCUGUUCUGUGCACGAAGUCUGUGCCCUCACAUACUCAUACCUGUCUGGGGGAAAAAGUGCUCUGGGAUUAUAAGCUGUGCUCCAGUGAACCUCAGGGCAGAGAUCUUUGUACGCCGUAUACCAGUAUAUAUACCAGAGGCAUAUAUGUGUCCCACCAGAGGACAUUAGUCCCUACAGCAUUUCUCUGGAUCAGGCCUCCGCAGUGGUACAAGAAAGCCGUGAUGUGAAGCACAUCAUUCCUUGGACUACCGUGUCUCUCCUGUAUUAAAUCUUUGCCCACCAAGUAAGUACUAGCCCCAUCAAUAAGAGGCCACACUCACAUUUCAUAAAAUAGGUUUACAAGACAGUUCAGCUCUAUCAGCUGUCAGCCAAUAAAAAUGGCCUCGGACUUUUUAGUUCCGCCCGUAUUUAGUUCUGCCGUGACUGAAGGGCAUUCAUAGGAAGCAGCUUUAAAGGGUGGGGGUGAAAGUGGGGUUUUGUGGUUUAAAGUGAAUAACGUUCUUUUAAAACCAAACAGCGUAUGACACGUGAGUAACAAACACACACCAUCUCUUUGGUAGUGCCUGUAUCUCCGUGAGAGAUCCUCAGGAAGGGUAAACUGCCUGUCCCGGAUGUCUUCCUUGUGUCUCUGCUUUUCUUGCUAUUUGCUAACUGGCUGAAUUUAACAGAUGAACUCCUCUUGCCUUCUGCUGGUUUCCAACCACUCCCUCCACCCUCAACUUGUGGUUUUAAUAUUUUAUUAUAGGCUCUGUCACAGCAAUGGAAUUAGUGGUGGCUUGAUAGCAGCCACUGAUCUACAACAUAGCCUCAGGAGCCAUUUGCUUUUAGAAAAUGUCUUGCUCUGAGGUUAUUAUUGUUGUAGGGAGCUGAGUGUCUUCUAAGGGGAGCUGUUGGAGUUCAACCAUAGAAUAUGGCUUCUCUCUCUCUCCGGGUUGCUCUGUAUACAGGUCUUACAUGGGCAUAAAGAUAUAUUUCAGCAAAGAGAUCCAAAACUUUAUCCAGUAUUCAAGCAGCAGGAUUUGGUGCCUGUUCACCAGAUGAUUUUAAUGCAAAGCCUUUGCAAUGUUUUCUCUGUGGUGAAGAAAUGAGACUUUACCCAUCUAUACCAGCUUAGCUGCCGGUCAUUGAGGGGUUAGUUCUCAUAGGAUCCUACAUGGUAAAAAGCUUUAUUUAUUGUCUUUUUUUUUAGGAUUGGGGGUGUGUGUGUAAUAUGUUAGCUCAGAAGCAAAACUGUAGUAUGAAGACCAAUCUUGGCAAUGCAGCUGAGAUGGGCAAUAACACCAAAACUCUCCAAACUAAGGUCUUCCUUGAGUGACAAUGCUGUACUCAAACCGCUGCUUUUAUAGCAGGACACUGUUGGAUUUGUAUAGAACUUCUCAUGCAGCUUUAUUUAUAAUAAAGGAAGUCUUUUACAAAAUCUAAAAAAGCGUGAAGUCUGUUUUGUUUCUAGUUCUUCUAAAAAUGUUUGAGAGAAGGAUGGAGUGGGGAUAUGCCCAGUGCA